AUGUCACUUGGUCACAACCCGAUUGUGAACUACGCAAUGGCAAGAUCACCGGGUAUGACUAUGAACUGGAAAGUGAUUCGUGUUCGCGCCAGUAAUGCCGUAGGGGAAGGCCCAUAUUCGGAAUGGGUUCGUUUCACCACCCAUCCAGCUGCUCCGCCUGCGCCCACUGGCCUUCAGGAAGAGGCUUCGUUCCCACAUGCAGUUGAAAUCUCAUUUGAAGCGCCAAGUCCUCCACAUGGAAACUUGGAUUAUUACCGUAUUAGGCACACUCCUUCUGGACAGUUGAAUUACAAGGAAGUGCGUGUCGAGGCCGAGCGUCUGGAGUGCUCCGACGCUUCCAAGAGGGAUCGACUCUGUUUCAGAGUUCACGAUUUAGAACCAGAGCAGGAUUAUGAGAUUGAAGUGGCUGCUCACACUGAAGGCGGUGCCUGGUCGGAUUGGUCAGAGCCGCUGAGCGCGCGAACUGAACAGCAACGUUAGCA